AUGGAUCACUUUCGGACUGGCGGUCGUCGUGAAUUUCUCAGUGCAGCCGAAGAUUUAGCUGAUGAUAUUCUGCGAAGAACUAAACAUUUAUUGCCACAUGUGUCCAGACUUUGUCUAGUAUCCACCUUUAUUGAAGAUGGAUUUCGGAUGUGGAUUCAGUGGAAUGAUCAGCGACAGUUCAUGCAAGUGAGUUCAUUUCUGUCGUUGUUUCUUUUGAAUAACACCACGCUCUUCGUGUUAUUCAAUUUUUUUGGUCAGAUUAUUCCAGUUAUUAUGGUCAUGAUACGCAAAAGAGUGGGAAUAGCAUGUGCUGUAUUUGCCGUUGUCAUCUUUUCUCAAACAGUCGCAUAUCACAUUCUUUGGGAUCUGAAGUUCUUGGCCAGAAAUGUGGCUGUCGGUGGAGGCCUUUUAUUAUUAUUUGCUGAAACACAAGAAGAAAAUCGUAGUCUCUUUGCGGGUGUGCCUCAAGUUGGAGAUCAGAAUCGCGGAAAAUCAGCCAUUCUUCUUACAGGUCGUGUAUUCCUUAUAUUUAUGUUUCUUUCAUUAAUGCGUUUUGAAUGGAAUUUUUUACAAGCAGUUGAAAUGCUUGUUGGUGGUGCUCUUAUGAUUCUUGUUCUUAUUGGCUAUAAAACGAAGUUAUCUGCUUUUGUACUGGUCAUGUGGUUAUUCGCCCUUAAUCUAUACUUGAAUGCUUGGUGGACAGUUCCUUCAGAUCGAUUUUACCGUGAUUUUAUGAAAUAUGAUUUUUUCCAAACGAUGUCAGUUAUUGGUGGUCUUUUACUUUUGGUUGCAUAUGGUCCUGGAGGUGUCUCUGUUGAUGAUUAUAAAAAACGUUGGUGA